AUGAGCGGCAAAGGGUACUGUACUUACAUCAACUUUAUGGACCUCAGUGGAGUCGUAUUGCUUCACAACUUCCCCGCAGAACACCGCGCAUGGUCAAAAACUGCUGAGGGAGACCGUUAA